AUGGACAUCAUUGUGGUGCCCAGUUUUUGUCUCUUGCAAAAGGCAAACUUGCUCUGGUUGCUCUUCAUUCAGACGCCAAAGCAGGAAACUCCAGCAACAGCUGGAAAGGGAGACUUUGUGGAGCUAGAGCAGCUUGUGAGCGCUGGCAGAGGGCCACGCAAAAGCUCAUGGUUUGGUUGUGUUUGCUUUCAGGCUCCUCCAGGGAAGGUGGAAGAGGUGGUGAAGUUUGCUAUCGAUGCAGGCUACCGCCACUUCGACUGUGCCUACUUCUACCAGAAUGAAAAUGAAAUAGGGAAUGCAGUCCAGCAGAAGAUCAAGGAGGGGGCUGUGAAGCGGGAAGACCUCUUCAUUGUUACUAAGUUGUGGAACACGUUUCACGAGAAGUCUCUGGUUAAGGUAGCGUGCAAGAAGAGCCUCGACGCACUGCAGCUGGACUACCUUGACCUCUACCUGAUACACUUCCCUAUGGGAUUCAAGGCUGGCGAAGAACUUCAUCCUCUGGAUGACAAGGGUAUGAGUAUCCCCAGUGAUACAGAUUUUGUGGACACGUGGGAGGCCAUGGAAGAGCUGGUGGACUGUGGUCUGGUGAAAGCCAUUGGUGUCUCCAACUUUAACCAUGAGCAAAUCGAAAGAAUCUUGAACAAGCCAGGACUAAAAUACAAGCCAGUAAUUAACCAGGUUGAAUGUCAUCCCUACCUCACCCAGGAGAAGCUGAUCAAGUACUGUCAAUCCAAAGGGAUUGCUGUGACAGCGUACAGCCCCCUCGGCUCUCCUAACCGCCCAUGGGCAAAGCCAGGGGACCCUCUGCUGCUGGAUGAUCCCAAGAUUAAAGAGAUUGCAGUUAGACAUAAUAAAACCCCUGCCCAGGUUCUGCUCCGGUUUCUUAUCCAAAGAAAUGUGAUCGUCAUUCCCAAGUCUGACAAACCACAGCGUGUUCAGGAAAACAUCAAGGUGUUUGACUUUGAACUAUCUAAAAAUGAGAUGGACGUCAUCCUCAGCUUCAACAGGAACUGGAGAGCGGUGCCAGCGCUCCAAGCUGUCAAUCACAAGGACUACCCAUUCAAAGCAGAAUAUUAAUGCCAGUGGUUUCUGCGAGACUUCUGUGUAAUUCCUUCCAGAUGAGAAGAUGGAGCUUGGUCCUGAUUUUUUUCUUCUGUAUUUGACGAUCAUUACAAGCAGCUACUUAUCCUCCUUUUUCAGGAGGCCAUCACGAGCUGGGAUAACAACACAUCAACAGGGAUGCAUCUUUUGUAAAGAUGGUUAGCAGAAAUCUGGUUUUGAUUAAUAGUAAAAAGACAACGUCUCUUCAUUUCUUUUUUUUCCUUCUCUUCCUUAAUUAAAGUCAUGUUUAACAAAAAACUCUGGUUACUUACAUGUUUGGGUUUUUUUAUAUGUUAUUUCCGGUGUGGUCAGUCAUACUGGCUCAUGAGCUGCUGUCAAGCAAUGCUCUUUCUAAUUACUUUGCUUUCUUACAUAGUUGUGAUUUUUACAGUGUGAACCUCUAAUGCUUUAAAAUUUUAUAUGAAUGAAGUUUGAAUAACAACAAAACUUAAUCAGUGGAGUGCUUGAAUUAUUUCAUACAAUUAUUUAUAAAACCCU